AAAAACACGUGCUUUUAAUUUCAAAUAUAUAAUUUUCAAAAGACAAUCCCAACAAAACACAUCAAACUAAAUUCAAUUAAAAACAAGAAAAUGCUAGGAAGGUAGCUCUUCUUUAUAUUCUUCUUCUCAUCUCCAAAAUUACAAUCAUCUAAUCAAAUUUGGAACACCCAAAGAGUUUUUCAGAUCUCCAAAUUCAAGUUACACUUCCAAAUUCCCAUACCUUUUUUUCUUUUUUAAUUUCAAUUCCAUCAUGUCUACUACCUCCGACAACGCCGGCGCCGCACGGAGGUCUGGCAAGGUCCCGGAGAAGUCCAGUUUUGCUCAGACUUGUAAUCUGUUGAGUCAAUACUUGAAGGAGAAGAGAAGCCUUGCAAUUACUCCAAGGAUUGAACCAAAAGAUGAGUUUCCGACGACUCGACCACCGGUGGUAAUGAAUUUUUUGACGAACAUGGAAAUCCCAGAUGAGAAAUCUGCCUCUGUGGCGGCGGCGGACUCUAUUCCACCAGCUGCAGAGCCGCCCUCUGCCACACAGAUGACCAUUUUUUAUGACGGAAAAGUGUUGGUGUUUAAUGAUCUACCGUCGGAGAGGGCGGAGGAGAUCAUGGCCAUGGCCGGUAAGGGAAUUGCGCCGUCUUCAAGAUCUAUCGCCACCGCCGUUUCCGACAACGGCGGAGAACAACCUCUGACGAAAGUCUCGAGCGAUUUACCCAUUGCAAGAAGAGCAUCCCUGCAUCGAUUCUUCGAGAAGAGAAAAGACAGAGUUGCAGCAAGAGGUCCAUACCAAGUGAAUUUACAAGCUUCUUCUAAACCGAGUGGAGAAAGCUACAGAUUGAAGAAGGGAAACGAGCAAUCUUCGAAGCAGUUUGAUUUAAAUUUAUAGGAAAGAUUAAUUUUAUAUGAUAGUUAAGAUUAUUGUUGUAAAAUUCUGACAUUACAAUUAUGGAUGGGCUCGAUCCACGGCGAGUGUAAUCGACUUUGUUCUUCUGAUGGUGGAAGCGGAUCCCUAAACAAAUGAACAGAUGGCGACUUCUUCUUUACUUUUCAAGGAACACACACACACACACACACACACACACAUAUAUAUAUUGGUUGUUGUGAAACUGGAAACUUGAGACUAAUGUGUAUCCAUCUUACUCUAUCACGUCUCUCAAUUUUCUUAUCCUCCAACCAUAAAUAUCUUAGGUUCAACCUUAUAUGGAUUCUGAUUCAAAGCUGUGGUUCUUUUUCUUUUUCUUUUUCUUUUUCUUUUUCUUUUUAAUUUUUAAGAAUGAAUGGAAUAAUUCAUCUACAUUGUUGUAAUAAGUUGAAUUUAUUUAUUAUACAUUCUUCAAACAAUUAGAUUA